AUGCCUGGCAGUACGCACAAAGGCAAUGACAUCUACAAGGAAGCCGAUCCAACGAUGGCUGACCGCUACAAGCAGCAGAUGAGCAAGCGGAAGCUGCUUUUCAUUCAGAGUCUCAUGAGAGCUCAAGUUAACCAGAUGAACAAGUCAAUGAGCACGUUUCCAGUGGAGGCGUAUGGAUCACUCUUCAAGACGUACCAGAUUAAGAAGGACACCAUUCUUCACAAGGGAGAACACGUCACCAUCUACGGAGCAAAGAGUCCCGUCUCUAAUAACACCUCAGUGCGUGUCUACGCCAAGUCGUUCAUUGAUCCAAACACCUCGGUGUACUUGAAAAUUCUGCGUCACCUGGGCAGAAAACAUCCAUACAUUGUCCACUCAUACGAGUUGUUCCAUGACGGCACCAGUGUUUACGUGUUCCAGGAAGGCUUUUACAAAGGUAACCUGGCGGAGUACAUGGAGCAGAGUCAGCCACUGACUGAACGUCAGGCUGCUGUCUGGGCAAAGCAGAUCUACCGAGCACUGGACUUUCUCGGCGACCAGGCCAUUGCACACCGUGAUCUUAGUCCGACUCACCUGGUCAUCCAGCCGCAGUCGAGUAGUGAAGUGUGGUGCAAGCUGACUGGCUUCAAGCAGGCCAUCAUCUACUGGGACACCAACUGCAAUGACAUCGCCUACUGCCAGUGCUGGCCAUCGGAACGCCAAGCCGCCGACGGUGCCAACUUCCAACCGCCCGAAGUGUACGGAGACCCAAGCAAGGAGCAGUUUGAUCCGAUUCAAGCGGAUAUAUGGUCGUAUGGAACAUGCAUCUUCUUCAUGCUCGUCAAACAGUACAUUUACAAUGUCACCGACCCGUAUGAAAACAUUGACGAAGAAAUAUGGCACAACAUUGUGAAAAAUCCACUCAGCGAUGACUGCAAGGACUUUAUCUAUGCGCUGACUCGCGGCAAUGCUAACGACCGAAUGCCAUUUGACUUUGUUGAAAAUCACCCUUGGCUGAAGGCUAAUUCUAUGAUGCUUAACCAGAACCAGAAAGACAAUGUGUCAAGUAAGCAUGACCCCAGUCUUAAAUCUUCGAAGCUUGUCAAACAACCACUGGUGAUUGCCAAAGGAGAUGCUAGUGGAAACAAAAUUUCUGGCAAAUCUUUGGGAUCAAAAGCCACUGUGUCUUCAGGUUAG